AGGGCUCAGCACCCAUGUUGGGGCAGGUACCCAGGGAGCCAGCCGCUCAGAGUGAUCUUGGUGCCAUUGGUGGGCCAGAGAUGUGCCUGCGGCAGGCAGGGGGAGCAUGGGGAACGGAGCUGCCACUGAAUACUGAGGGACACAUAUCCAUGGAGGGGCUGUGCCUGAGCAGGUGGGAGCUUAAGACAGAGCUGGGUCCAUAUCACAGCCCCAUCGUGGUGGGGACACGGAGCUGCUGGGAUCGCACCAUGGCCUGGCUCCCUCUCCUCCUCGCGGUGCUCGCCCACGGCACAGGUUCCCUGGUCCAGGCAGCGCUGACUCAGCCGCCUUCCGUGUCAGCCAACCUGGGACAAACCGUCCAGAUCACCUGCUCUGGGGGUGGCAGCAGCUAUGCUUAUGCUUCUGUCUGGCACCAGCAGAAGGUCCCUGGCACUGGCCCUGUCACUCUGAUCUACUGGGAUGACAAGAGACCCUCGGGCAUCCCUUCUCGAUUCUCUGGAUCCAAGUCUGGCUCCACGGCCACGUUAACCAUCACUGGGGUCCAAGCCGAGCACGAGGCCGUCUAUUACUGUGGUAGCUCUGACGGUAGCAGUGGUGGUCAGCGUGACAGAGACACUGACCCUGUCAUUCACCCUCCCCUUGCUGCUGCCCGUUUUCCUUUCAGGAUCUUCAUGCUCUGGCCUUGGGUUCUGUGCGAAGGGUUCUAGGUCCCUCCGUGGUAUCAUGACCUUUGAGCACAGGGUCUCUGUUCCUGUCCGACUACCUGGAGAAGGCUGUGCUCCUGGGGCACAGGCUGACUCUGGUUCU